ACUCGCCUGCUCCCUCCCCUCAUGUACGUCUGUCUACGGCCUCUCGGAAUUUUGCUCUACUCCCGCUUUGGUGGGAAAUCAUGCGUAGUCACCAGAAAACGAAUUGAGAGACACACAUCGAUUGUUACAAAUGAUCGUUUAUUUUGGGCUAACAAAGAAAACACUGCAGUAGCGACAAGUGUUGAACAGGCGCACCAGCUUUUGGGAUCGCCCGACCUGUGUUACUGGAAACCCAGAUCAUCUUGUUUGAACGACAUGGACAAGUCAGACACAAGAACUUCUGUUGUACUUCUGGCCUGUGGCUCCUUCAAUCCAAUUACCAACAUGCACCUGAGACUGUUUGAACUGGCUCGUGAUUAUCUGCAUGAAACUGGUAAAUAUAAAGUCACUAAAGGCAUAAUUUCCCCAGUUGGUGACGGAUAUAAGAAGAAAGGCCUGAUUGAUGCUUGCCACCGAGUUGAAAUGGCCAAACUAGCCUGUGCAUCUUCUGACUGGGUGACAGUUGAUUCCUGGGAGAGUCAGCAAAAGGAGUGGCUGGAGACUGUUAAAGUCAUUAGGUACCACCAUGAACGCCUAUUUAGUAUUGGUAACCAUGAAGAGGGAAAUCACAAUGUGAAAAAAAACAGAAAAAGGAAGCUGCCAUUGAAUGAAAGUCCUGACUCUAUUAAAACGUCCUCAAAUGAACACAAAGGGGCUCCAGAACUAAAGCUUCUGUGUGGUGCUGAUCUCUUGGAAUCAUUUGGCAUCCCUAACCUCUGGAAAGAGAAAGAUAUUAUGGAAAUUGUGGGAAAACACGGUGUGAUCUGCAUCACCCGAGCCGGUUGCAAUGUUCAAAAUUUCAUCUACCAGUCAGAUAUCCUCUGGACACACAGGAACAAUAUCCAUCUUGUGACUGAGUGGAUACCCAAUGAAAUCUCUGCUACAAAGGUCAGGCAGGCACUGAGGCGAGGACAAAGUGUUCGCUAUCUGCUGCCAGAUUCUGUAAUCAAGUACAUUGAAAAAUAUGAGCUAUACAACUUGGAAAGCGAGGAGAAGAAUGCCAAUGCUGUGCUGGAACCCUUAAAGAGAAACACCCCCAAGAGUUAACACGUCGACCUUUGGUGGGUCUAGCUGUAGGCCGACAUGUACUUUAUGGUAUUUUUUUCUUGAAUUUUUACACACUGCACCUAUGCAAUAGCGUAGCACUGAGGUUUUCCACAAUGGGUAGCUUUGAAAAAGAAAAGAAGAAACAAACCAACUGAUAUGCCAUCAGUUGCAUUUCAUCGAAUUAGAGUGAGGUGAGAGACUGCAUUUUUUCAGUGACCUCAAUUUUUCAGUAAAAGUUUUUUUUUUUUUUUUUACCUAGAAUAAUGCCAAAUGUAUAUUUGAAGCCAUGAAAUUUGUAACAGUUUUGGUAGAAAAAUGUAUGUAAUUCAUUUUGCAUCUUUCUAAAACAAUAAUAGUUUUAUAAAUUAUAUAUACAUGCUGGCUCAGACCUUUUACAAGAACAUACUGAAAAAGAUUUUAGCUUAAAGUAAAAAAGUGAGUUUAGUUUAGAGAUAUAUUAGAGAGGGGAAACAGCUUUGUUCUGGGAAUGGAUCCACACUUUAGAAAAUGCAAAUACUGGGUUGUGCAACAUGGACCUUUGCAACUAUUUAGCAAAUACAAACUUAAGCAAUACUUGCUGGUGUGUGGGGGUGGUUCUCUGCAAAAUAAAUUAAUAUUUGCAUCAUCAA